AUGGGCGAUUACGGUCAAUAUGAUGUGCCUAAGGCAGAUGAAAUGAUCAACUUUAAGGUCGGUCAACCUGCUCCCUCCAUGCUGCCGCUGGACAAAAUUCGUGAAGCUGCAAUGCUCAAAUUUAGCGAAACAGACCCGAUGUUUCUACAAUACGGUGUGAUUAAGGGCUAUCCUAAAUUCCGUAAAACACUGGCUCAGUUUUUAACGAAAGGGUAUCAGCAUGAAGUGGAUCAUGAAAAGCUUUUUGUGACCAAUGGUGUGACUGGUGGUCUCGCCCUCAUUUGCUCACUAUUUCUACAGUCGGGCGACCUUGUGUUCAUGGAGGAACCGUCCUAUUUCCUAGCACUUAGUAUCAUGAAAGAUUUCAAGGUGAAUGUUCGUCAAAUCCGCAUGGAAGAAGACGGACUGGACAUUGACGAGCUUGAGCGGCUGCUAAAGCGUGGCGUUGUGCCCAAGGUGCUGUACACGAUUCCCACGUGCCAUAACCCGACGGGUCGCACGCUCUCGCUCGAGAAGCGCAAGCGCCUCGUGGACCUCAGUGCCAAGUACAACUUUGUCAUUGUGGCUGAUGAAGUGUACCAGUUGCUGUCGUUUCCUCACGUGACGCCGCCUCCACCCAUGUUUACAUUCGACGAGCACGAUACGGUGCUUGCUCUUGGCAGCUUUUCCAAGAUCCUGGCACCUGCUCUUCGUCUUGGCUGGAUCCAGGGCUCGCACAAGCUGUUGAACAAGAUUGAAGCUUGUGGUCAACUGGACUCGAGCGGGGGUAUCAAUCCUGUGAUUUCAGGAAUUGUGCACUCGGCCAUUGCAACUGGGCUGCAGCAGCAGCACUUGGAUACAACCGUACAGACGCUGUGGGAGCGUGCUGACGCUCUGAUGACGGAACUGAAGGCUCAUUUGCCCGAUGGUGUGACUUUUGAGGUCCCGGAUGGCGGCUACUUUGUGCUCGUGCGGCUACCGGAAGGCAUGAACGCCAAUCGUUUGUUGUCAAUUGCUGAGAAGCACAAGGUGAUGUUCUUACCGGGUGCCUCGUUCAGCAGCAACAUGAAGAACUUUCUGCGUCUCAGCUUCUCCUGGUAUGACUUGAACGACAUGCAGCUCGGUGCUCGCCGUCUUGCUGACGCAAUCCGUGAAUACCAGGAAGUGUUUGCUUCCGAGCAGAAGGCUGUUGCAGAGGAUGCUACGCUCAGCACGAGCGAGGGAAAAGGCGUGCGUGUUGCCGUACACGGCCACGACGGCCGCUUGGGCUCGCUCAUUGUCAGUGAGCUGAACAAGCUGACAGAUCACAGCGCUUGUUUCGCAGGCGCAAUCGUCACGCGAUUCGACACUGGUGUCCAGGCUCCAGACCUCAACAUUGUGGACGUCGUCGUUGAUGCGACGUUACCUGCUGGUACGAAGAAGGUGAUUUCUUACCUUCGUGAACAGAAGGAUGCUGGCAAGAUCAACAAGUUGCCUGCACUGGUCGUUGGAACUACAGGCGCUCUGCCGAUGGAGGAUCUCGAAGCCUAUUCAAAGCUGGCCCCUGUCGUUCUCCGCUCGAACUUUUCCGUGGGUGUGCCGCUUGUGUCGGAGCUCAUCCAGGCUGCUGCUUUCAAGCUGCCAGCUGAGGGCUGGAAUGUCGAGGUAACGGAGAUUCACCACACCAAGAAGGUGGAUGCCCCAAGCGGCACCGCCAAGACGCUUGUCAAGUCGCUUGCUGCCACGGGUGCUCCGUGUUUGGGUGAGACGGGUCAGGCCUCGACGCACUCAUUGCGUCUCGGUGAUGAAGUUGGCAAGCACACGGUGCUGUUUGCUGGUCCGGGCGAACGUAUUGAGAUCGUGCACCAGGCAACUCGACGCGAGAUUUUUGCGAUUGGGGCUGUGCGUGUUGCGACGCAGGCUCCUUCGCUGCCGCUUGGUUUGCACUCGAACUGA